UGCUUUGCUGUGUUGACUUUGACUGACUGCCUGGCUGAUACGAUACGUCACCUCCCGUGUGCGCCUGUCCGUCCGUAUGACCUAUGAAAGAAUGUCGUGCCUACCUACCUAAACGGCAUAACAAACCAAACCUUCGCCCUCUCUCGUACUGGAAAAAGCCUGGCCAAAUCCCUCACCUCUGCUCUCCCUUCCCACACACUAAUCAUUCACACACACACACACACACAAUACACGAAGAGACCGACCGCAAAAACACCAAAAACGCCAAUCCUGCUUGCCCGUCUGCCGAUUCAUGUCUGUAUCAGCAUCAGUCAAGUCAGCCAGUGGCUUGGCCAGGGGAGAGAGUAGGUCGGGGAGGCCGGAAGGGCGUGAAAUCGGCCUCAUACCGCGAGCUUUCGUUGCCCUCCCCGGGCAGCUGGCCCCCUCUUUCUGGGUAGCCCAGUAUCUUGAACAGCUGCCGUCGCGUCCACUUGGCAAUGAGCUUGACGGCCGCACUGUGGACGGGGUCGCUCAGGUCGAUGUUAGGCACGGUGAGCUUCAGCUCAUCGAGCAAGGGUGUCUCCAUGGCCCUCACAUUCUCCACCGCCCACGCACAGUCAAUGGCGAGGGGGUCCUCUAUGGCGGCCGCUCGGGAGGGGAAAUGGCGGUCAGCAUAGUCCUUGACACGGUCCUCCAGAAACUCGAUCGUGCCCAGACGGAAGGCCGCCUCUUCUUCGGCGUGCUCGGCGGCCACGGGGGGCAGAAACCCGUAUUGGGCGAUGUAUCCCUCCUCACCUCCCCAGAGGCCGUAGUCGUGGCUGAGAGGCACACCUGCCGCGAUGGGGCCCGAGGCACCGAUGAGGACCAUCUGUGUGUCGUCCUCGUCACCCUUGUCAUCCUCGUCAGUAUCAGCAGAGAUGAAUUGGACGUUGGGCGAGUGGUGGUGGUUGACCAUGUCGAACAGGGGCACGAGGGCGGGCACCGCGGCGCCGAUUGUGGGGUGGUUGACCUUGACCGAUCGCGUCACCGCCAGACGGUGAACGGCAUUGUACUCUGCCUCGCUGAACUCCAGCUACAGACAGACACACACCGCACAACACAGGCAGCACAGACAGACAGGUGGGUGGGAAUGCGCACACACAGACACAAGAUCCAUCUGGUGAGUGAGUACCUGAGAUCGCUUGUCUGCCGGCAGUGCCUUGAGUAGCGCCGAUAUGCGGCCGUAACAGAUCUGGUCGAUGAGCUGCAGCAUCGACACAGCAUGCUGCAGUCCCUUCCCCUGCCCCGGAGUCCAGGGCAUCAUCUCCCGGGGCCAAUCAGCCUGCGUACAUUUACACACAUACACAGGCACGUCCACACGCGGACCCGCCGAACCCAUUGUUGUCUAGAUCAUACUGGCAGGAUGGGUGGGUCGGGAAGAGACUCCAGGUAAGGCCGAUAGAAGGAGGAAGUGGUGUUGCGCAGCUCAUACAGCAGGGCAAUCGUCAGCCUGCAUAUCACAUACACACACACAUCAGUUGGCCUGUCUGUCUCUGUAAGGCUGCCUGCAUGACUGCAUGACUGCCUGCCUGCGUCCACACAAAAGACGUCACGUGUACAUACCGUGCGUCCCAUGUUUGGGUGGUGAGCUCCUCCAUCAGGGCACUGUCACCGCUUGCCUUAGCCACAUCCGCCACACCCGCGGCCAGCGGGGUGCUCAUGAACUGCUCGUCAUCCGCGCCGCACACACGAGUGAAACUGUGGGUGUGGUGUCAGCCAGUCAGUCAGCCAGCCAGGCAUGCGGCCGCCCUUAAUCCUUACGUGAUGCAGAGUUUCAGAGGAAUCUCCGCCCACACCUCUCCGUCGGCCAGAGGCUCCACAGCCACCAAACCUGCACCACAUCCAUCCGCCCAUCCUUCCCGUGAAUGGGCGGAUGUCAGCCCGGCUACCCCCUCAUCCAUUUUGCCCGCUCUGACCUCUGAUGACUUCGUUGGCGUCAUCUGACGGCUCGUUCUGUAUCUGCACCUUGUUCACCUUGCCUCCGUGGCCCUCCACCCACUGCACGAGCUGGGGCUCCAUGGCCACGAAGGACGCAGCACGGCCGGACGGCAGCAGCUGUGUGACGAUGAGUGGUAGAAGGAGGAUGGCAAAGGCAGAUCCGACCAUGGCCAUUUGGUCUUCAGAAGCUUGUGGUUUCAGCCCGAAGUAGACCAGAUGCCGUCGACUGCAUGAACGCAUGUCAAUCACACAGAAGAGCAUUUUGAUCGUGUUUUCACGUCAUCCAAAUCAUGGACUUGCCUUUUUCGAAGCUGAGCCUUCCUCGUCGCCCCUUCCACCUCUUUUUCCCUUGUCAGAGGCUGCGAGUGUUGGGGUAGAUCCCGCCGUGUAAUGCAACUGCAUGCUGAGAACCCUGAGCACUCCGAACUGUCCCUCCUUCUCGUGAACCGUCCCUCUGGCUCAUCUGUUGCCUUAACGGGCAACGACAGCGAUCCUCCACAGCCACUCUCAUCUACCGACAU